GGGAAUUCAGGUACCAUAUGUGAUGGUGGGUGAUUUUAACGGGAUUAUUUCAUCAGGUGAAAAAGUGGGGGAAACCCAUGGAAUCCAGUUCAAUCCCAGGAUUUCCAAUCAUUCGUGGAUGGAUUGGGAAUUCAGAAUCUAGGAUUUCAUGAUAAUUCUUUCACUUGGUCAAACCGUCGGAUGGGAAAUGCGUGUAUUCAGGAAAGGCUAGAUAGGGCCUUCGCCUCGGAUCGGUGGAUGGAAAAAUUGGGCAACGAGGUUUGCGGAAGUAUGUUGAGGACUCAGGAGGUUGAUUUGGGAAUGGAAUUGAAUUGGUUUGAGGCUUCAAGAUCCUAAAGAGAUUAGCAAGGAGAUUACUUAGGGAGGGAGGUAUUGAUGGGAAGGGACUUUUAGUUUCCUGAAUUUCAAGAAGGUCCUAAUUCCUGAAACCCUACUAUAUAUAUAUAUAUAUAUAUAACCUGACCCGGAUCCGGCUUUCGUCUUCCCCAACGAUGGAUUUAUACUCAGAGCUACCGGAGGACAUAUUGGCGAAGAUCGCGAAAGAUCACUUGCCGAGCUUCUCCCAUUUCGUCCCUUUCUCCGGCGUGUGCAGAUGGUGGAGAAUCGUCGGUCUCCAACAACUCCACCUCAACAACUACCGCUUCCCAUGCCUCCCUGGCUUCCUACAAUCCCGGACCCUCACCCCCGAUUCCCAUCGAUUCCACCCGCUCCCCGAUUUCCUCGCCGCCGCCGGUGAUGGCAGCGGCACUCCUCCUCCUCCCCGUCCAUAUUCCAGAUCCCGCCGUGGGCUCCCCCGCCACGUCACCAUCCCGCUCGGUCUCGACACGAGAAUUAGCCCGCCGACGAAUUCAAAUAACCCGUGCGUCGUCACUUCCAAAGACGGGUGGGUCCUCGUAAUCCAACCCGCAGCUCGACCCGACCCGGUGAAGCCGUACCUCCUCAACCCGAUCACCGGCGCGUUCUUCACCCUCCCUCCUCUCGUCAUCUCGCCGGACGAUAUUUUGAAAGCCGUCAUCUCCUCCUCCCCCGACCGUCACGAUGAACGCUGCCACGUCAUCCUCGUAUUCUCCUCCCCUCGUAGCCCCCACUGCCAGCUGGCAUGGCGCGAGGUGGGCGUGGGCCCAGAAGAAGAAGGGGAGAAGAAGAAACAAAAGUGGGCAUUCAUGGGCCUGAACUUUAUUAUGCUGAGAAAGGCCCAAUUCCAGGACGCCUCCUAUUCACAAGGCAAACUGUAUCUCGCAGACGAACGCAGCCUCCACAUUUUCCACAACUUUAUAAUAAUAACCCCACUUGGACUUGGAGGUUCGAGAUCCCGAGUCACGAUCCCUUUCGGCGGCGAGGUGCGCCUUCGAUUGUUCCACCUCGACGACGACGACGGCCAGCUCCACGUCAUCAGAUACAAAAGGACUUUAAUUUCCUUCGACUCCGAGCCAUUCAAGGUAUACAAGCUGCGACAACAUGCUAAUUACGACGACGAACAAUCACACGCCGGCUGGGAAAAAGUGAGGAGCUUGGGCGGCAAUGCUGUGUUGUUGAGCCAGCAGUCUCACCUCCACCAGUCGAUUUGCCUCCCUGCUUUCCGCCAUAACGGGGUGGAAGACGGCCGUAUAUACUUCGUCCAUAUCGACGACUUCCGCCGUGGCUACCAGGAUAAAUGUUGUUCCUCCGGCGUCUUCGAUCUCUCCACCCAAAAGCUCGAAUGUUUUGCCGAUGAUCGAGAUCAGCACCGCAACUGUUUUGCUUUCCUCCCAAUGCCAUGGUAAAACUAAUUACUAGCUCUUUUUUUUUUUUUUUGCCAACUAUUGGCUAGCUCAUUAUUGUUGUACAAAUCGAACCGGAUCAAUGGAUACGCAAUUAGAACCAAUAACCCAAUUAGGAUAGUAAUUCGGCUUAUUUGAUUGAAUGGUUAGGACUUAGGAAUGGACCAAAUGUUUUUUUAAAUAUUUGAUUUAAAAUCAAAGGAAUAACCAUUACGAUUUGACUAGUCAACCAAUUCACAAUUUUAACCACAAAAAGUUAAGAAAAAAACUUCAGCCGUUUAACAACGUAAAGUAAGAUCAUCCAACCUCGAUCACUAAUUUUGUUUAUGCUUCAUUUUCUUCAUUUUCCGGUCUUUUUUCAACUUAAUUAAUGUGGUCCACUAUGGAUCUUCAUCCUGAUUAUUGUUUUGAAUUAAAUAAUAAUAAAAGGUUGAUUACCUUUGUGAGAUAUAUAGCUUGAAUACUUUGACCAAGCUUUUUUGUUGAUAGAUGAUAGGGAUAUGAGUUUGUUUAUAGUUAGCUGUAAUUUCACUGGUAAAUUAGUGUAUAAUAUAUGAGCGGUUUUGUCCGCCGUUAACUAACAAUUCUAUAAUGAUUAACUGUUGAACCAUCAAUCAUUAACUUUUUCGGUUCAGCAACAUGGACUUGCAAUUAGUUACUAUUUACUACUCUCUACGUCUACGUGUAGGAAUAUUUCUAAGCAUCGAGAAGCUAAUAAUGAAGAAUAAUGGAAGUGGAAGUGUACCACUGCCAGCCGAUGCAUUACCCACCAGGAAGAAGAAGAAUGAUCAACACCAACAUGAUGAUAGUACUGAUGCUGCUGAUGUCAUGGUUCGUUGCCGCAACAACAAAUUUCAACCGCUUUUCUCAACGUCCGACGAUGACGAAUGCGGUUACUAAACUUACUAUAAUGAUGAUGGUUCGGAGGAGCAGGAUGGAAAUGGCGCCGCCAUGGAAGCUCUGCGGCAGCAGCUGAUUGCCAGCUUACGUACGUAAUACAGUGUGAUCAUUGGGAUCAGUUGAUAUGAUGUAAUUCGAUCGUUUCUCUUCAUUCAACAGCUUUGAUUAUUGGUUCCUCGAUCGGUCGUACAUGUGAGGUUCAACAAUAUUAUGUUAUUUUUUUACAAAACGUAUUUUCAUAAUAUGAAAAAGUGUCUAAUAUAUACAUUCGUCAUUCAAACUAUCAAGGAAGUCACUCUUAGCGUGUAACUUAUCAAAAAAUCGUUCAUGAUUUCAUCAAUCGUAUUUUGAAGUGUGUUCUUCAUGUAUUUCAUUGCAGAAAAAAAUGUUCUUACAACACUUGUCGUGGCAACAGAAAACAACAAUACCAAUUUCAAAAGUCAACAGACUAAUGAAAAAUACUUGGGGGUCAUUUGGAUUAAGGUUUUUGAAGAGAGAUUUUAAUCACAAGGGCGAUACUUGGCUGCUGUCUGUGUUGCAGCCCAUGGCUGCCACCUAUUGACGUGGCACCAUAUCAUUGGUUCAAUGGAUAUUAUUAAACUUAUUUGGAUUAGGAAGGGACGGAAACCGGACGGAAACUAUUUCUUUUCUUGGACGGACGGAGAGCAGCCCAAACGGUGCUGCCUCUUUACAUUUUUUUUAUUAUACUUUUUAUAUAUUUUUUAUUAAUUGAAAAGGAGAUAAUAAUAUUAAACACUCAUAGGCAUAAUUAAUAAAUAUUCCGUUUAAUA